CCAAUUCACAGAAAAAGAACAGUUCAAUAUAAUGUGGAUAUAAGAAUAAGACAUUUUUGUUUUUCUUACACAAGUAAGACUCAAGUUACAACUACUCCUUACCUAAACACUGAUAUGGCUAGUUUGGCAGUCACCUGCCUGCUGCUUUUUGCUGCUACGUAUGCCGCACGGAACUUCCAUCUCGCCGAUGGUGCGCAGCGGAAGAUCCACAUUACCGAUGAUCUCGAUGACGUCGUGGAUGAUGAAGAAGACGAUGCCUGGAGAGAAUGGGGCAAGAAGAGAUCGAGUCCACCCGAAUUCGACCCUCCGCCCAUGGAUUUCAGCGACAUGGAUCCGUCCCAAAUGCAAGCCGAAAUGAUGAAGCGCCAGUUCGGACCGGUUUUCGGAUUUGCCAAGCUCCGCCUCGGCACCCGUCGCACUUCGGAAAUGGUUUCUGAAAUUGCAAUGAAAUGGACCAAACUAGCAAGAACGGGCGCAAUUGAGGCAAAGUUUAUGGGUUUUGAUGUGAGCACAAUCAUGUUCACUAUGGAAAAAGGUCAAGACACUCUAGAGUUGAAGGAUUUCUUGUUGAGCCAACCUGAAGCAUAUGAGAUUAAAAUGGGAGAUCAAAUUUUUCGUAGACCCGGGGAUCCUCCGUUUGAGGAAGUAUUUGAAAAGUUGCAGACUGAGAGAAACAAAAAGGAGUCUUCAAACGUGAAAGCAGAAGAGAUGCAUGAAGAGCUGUAAUCGUUGUGGCCUUUGUUUUCUGGCAUUUCUUGAAGCUCCUUCAGCACUUUUACUUUCGGCCUGAUCCAAAGAAAACAUAAAGUGUAGCUUCCAAUUAAGAGGGUGAUAGACAGCCAGCUCAGCAGCCCAUUAAGUAUUUUAAUAAAGUGUACAAGAGGAGGAUGGGAGGGGUAGUUAGUAAUUAACUAAUUAGUAGUUUUGGCUUUUUUCCCUGCGUGGAUAAUUUUACUAUAAAUAGUAGGCUUGAUUGCUGGCAUAAGGAGACUAUGAUUUUGAUGUACUGUUGCCUUGAGAGCCCGGUUUCCUAAGUCGGUUGAUACCUACGGUCUACCUAUAUCUUCAAUAUAUAUCAUUUCCCUA